AGUACUCUGAUUAUAACGACGAUGCCGGAGCAACGUACAACCAUAUGUUCUCUAGUCUCUCUUGAUCCUACCCAUGGAACCUGCUUUAGCAAUGGCAUCGGCGGUGAAAAGUAAGCGCACGAGUCGAGGCCGGCAAAAAAUCCGCAUUAAGAAGAUCGAGAACCCCGAGCGUCGCGCCGUGACCUUCAGCAAGCGCCGUAAGGGCCUCUUCGUCAUGGCCGCGGAGCUCUGCGCCCACACCGGCGCCCACGCCGCCGUCAUCGUCUUCUCCCCUUCCGGCCGACCCUACGCCUACUCCUAUCCCUCCGUCGACGAGGUCCUUCGCCGCUUCCUCGUCGGCCAGUUCCGGGACCGUGCAGGUCUGGGCGGGAUGCAGGAGUUGGUGCAGAUGCGUGCGCUCCUGCUCGGGGAGGGCGAUGAGCGCGCCGCGGAGCCCCACCGCGGGGCGGUGCUGGAGGAGCUGCAGCGCGGGGUGGAGGAGUUGGAGAAGCUGCGGAGGCUCGUGCUGGCGAAGGCCGACGUGGUUGGAUGACAUUGGUACCGUGGACGACAUCCCCGUUUGGGCUCGAGUGAAGGCAGAGAAAGGUACUCUUGCUGGGAGUGGGGUUGCUGGUUUCAAUGCAGGAAGCCACAGUUUUGGUACCCCUCCUGUCACUUGAUUCUUUGGUUUUAUUUCUUUGGAUGCUUCAAUUAUUUUUUUUUCUCAAUUAUUGGAAGAGAGAGAUCUGUAAAUUUCACACAUGA